CCGGGAGGGCCGGGAUGGCGCUGCCCACCCCGCGCUACGAGCACCUGGGCCCGCGGGGGCCCUUUCGGGACGUGUACGAGCCGGCCGAGGACACCUUCCUGCUGCUCGAUGCGCUGGAGCGGGACGCGGGCAGCCUGCGGGAGGCUCGAGUUGAGAUCUGCCUUGAAAUAGGAUCAGGAUCUGGUGUGGUUUCAACAUUUCUGGCUUCUUCCAUCCUUGGACCCAGUGCACUGUACAUAUGCACAGAUAUCAACCCCAUGGCAGCUUACUGUACCCAGGAGACAGCUCUGCUUAACAAUGUUCACCUGCAGCCCAUCAUUACUGACUUGGUCAAAGGAUUAUCCCCAAGAUUAAAUGGGAAGGUUGAUCUACUGCUGUUUAACCCACCAUAUGUGGUAACACCUUCUGAAGAGGUGAAAAGCCAUGGAAUAGAGGCAUCCUGGGCUGGGGGCAAACAGGGCAGAGAAGUAAUGGAUAGAGUUUUCCCAUUAGUACCAGACCUGCUUUCACCAGGAGGAUUAUUCUACUUGGUCACAAUUAAAGAAAAUAAUCCAGAUGAAAUUCUGGAAACAAUGAAGCAAAGUGGCUUAAAAGGCACACAAAUACUUUCCAGGCAAGCGGGACAAGAGAUGCUGACAAUCCUCAGAUUCAGGAAGUCUUGAUAACUUCUCUUCACCUGCCAGGUAGUAGGCAUGAAGAAAAUUGAACACAGAGUUGUGAGUUGGUAACACGGCAGUGAAUGCAGUCUGCUCUGUUAAUGACAGGAACUUACUCAUGCAAGCAAAACAUCAAGAAAGAAAUUAACCCAAAAAAUGAACUAGGGAACAAAAUAUCAAUAGGUUUGUAAUGAUCCAAUAUCCUCUGACAUAACCAAUGCCACACACCAGAGAGUCUCACAAGCCAUGCACAUGUAUCACUUUUGUUGUCUUCAGUUGUCCUUGGUCAGAACCAGCAUCAUUUUACACCAUCAACAUUCACAACAAACUGCAAGUUUACAAGCAGCAUGAUUAAGAUAUCCUUCUUUUGGCUUAAAAAGUUCUUUCCUCUCCCAGGAUCAGCGUUUAUCAGCAUGGAUCACUUUGGCCAUGAUUAAAGACCGGAGUCUUCCAUGUCCCUCUGACCUCAAGAGAAGAAGAGCGAGCCUUGUUAAAAUACACAGAUGCUCAGAGUUCACCACUGAAGCAUUUGGAGGAAGUUUGGAUCAGUGCACAGAUGGAAAUACAGUGGCACUUUAUACAAUGCAAAAUGUGAAGGCACAGUUAGGAGUUGUUUCACUUGUUCUCACAUACCUAUCGAAUAUUUUGCUGCUGUACUACUCAGGGUACUGAACUUCUCAUCUCUUCCAACAUAUGAAGAUGUUCCAGCAGCAGAUAAAGAGGAUUCUUCAGUCCCUUGUAAUGAGCACAACAGUUCUGCAACUCAUUUAAUGAAAUUAUUUUAUUAAUUAAAUUAAUUUAAUUAAACACCUUCCCCGAGCUUCAGAGAAGGCUUCUCAAGGAAUGAUGGAAGAUUUUAUAUUAGUAAUUGUAGUUGUUUAUAUUCCCAUUGGGUUAUUUUUUGAGGAAUGCAAUUUUGCAAAUAGAAAUUGAAUUUUAGUCAUUUUCCCCUUUUUUCCCCCAUUUUAAAGAAACACUAAUGUAGUUUUUCUGGUGAAGGCUGGAGGGUUUUCUGGGGCUCUCAUUGUUUUUUCUGUGGAUAGCUUUGCAACAUACAAAGCUUAAAUAAGUUGGCUUCAACUCUCAGCUUACUUUUGACCAAAAUAAAAGCCAAACAAGUUCAGAAGGGGUAAUAAGGAAGUGCAUUUAAAAAAAGAAUAUUUCCAUUAUGGUUCUGUAGAGACUGACUUGCAAGACUUUUGUUUGUGUAAUGCUCCUAUAAACAUUAUAUUGAUAUUUGUAGUAAUUUGUUUCAUUUUAGCAGUGCUUUAACACAAGAGGAUACUGGGCACAGUGUAGUCCUCACAUCAGUCCAAAUUAGCAGAGCCUCUUACUCAAAAACCGGCCAUUCAGAGUUGAAAGUGGGAUGAUAAUUAGAUGUGGUUAAGCUAAAUAAUUGCAGAUAUACUGUGAAAUUAGGGAAAUUUUGACUGCAGACUGGACCUAGAACUUGUAGGAUUUCCAGAUUUCAAGCUCAGGAUUGAAUGCUACCAGAACCUUUGGCCAUGGUUCAGAAGUACUUUGUCCUCAGGUGCUGGAGUUACUGAAUUAAGUAACCUAGCUGGUUACUGAAUAUUUCUCAGUUAUUAUCAUUAUCAUCCUCUUCAAUUAAAUUAGGAGGCUCUGCUGUGGUAAUAAAAUAAGACCCAUUAUCUGCAGGGUGCACUGGGCACUGCUUUGGUUUCUGUUCUCCACCUGUAAUGCUUAAUAGCUACAGACAGCUUUAAUUAUGAGGCCAGAUCUUAUUGUGAACUUGAUAAUUGCUCUGAGCCAGCAUUACCUGAAGAAUGUACACUAAUACCCUUUUUAUCAACAUGACUGGAGAAACCUUAAUUGUCUGGGCAUUGGAAAGAGAAGGUGAUCCUGAGGGUUUAAAAAACAUCUCCCCUUCUCUGGCUCCUGGCUCCCCUCACAGGGCAAUGAACGAAGCUGCAGGCUUUUUUUUGGUUUUUUGAAAGAUGCUUCUGGAAGUGAGGUUUUGAUUUUACAAGAAGCAAGAUAGCAGAAAGGAGGGAUGCAAAGCAGGAUUUUAAACUUGUUCAGUGUUUCUGCAUGACUAAUUCAACAUCAAUCAGUUAAGAAGUUUAAAAAAUUCACUAUUUACACAACCAUCUGCACUGUAAGGGAUGAUUGUUUCUGCUGCUUGUUCUCAGCAUCUUCAUAAGGACAAGUAAUUUGGAUUUUGUGUAUUCCUUUCUCAGCAUGUCUUUAAGAUUUAUUUUUUCCCCUAAAUAUUUUUAAGACAUUGAAGCACUUAGCUGAACCUUCCCAAAAACUUCUGCCUGUGCAAAAUUCCUUCAUAAAGUUAGAACCAAAUUGAAAGCAAAUGGAAAUUUUGUAUAUAGCAAUUGUCACCUCUGCUUAUGAUGGAAAUGCUUACCAAAUGCUACUAGAUGCUUACCAAAUGCUUACUAAAUUACCAGGAUUUUUUUUUCCCAGGGUCGUGUUUUGGAAAAAAAUAAUGGAACAACUUUCUGAAAUGUUAUGUUUGGAUUUCUUUCUUCUAUCAAAAAUUUUGUGUUUGGAUGGAGUGUGUGAUGAUCAGGAGAAUCCUACUUAUGUUUGUGAAGAACUGAAAAAGCCUGACAAAAAUUCCAAUCCAGCCUAAAUGGAAAAUAUUUAUGGAAGAAAACUCCUUGAGUGUAACUGCACACACAGCAGGGCUCCACUUGAGCCAAAACACUCCUACCACAAAUUGCAUUUUUGUGCACUGAAGACACUUGGUGGCUGCAUCCAAAGCCAGCUCCGAGAGAUAAAUUGGUUAUUCAGGGAAGUUUUUCUCUUGUUGAGACUUAAUUACCAUCUUAAGGCAUUUUAUUUUUAUGAUAUCAUUUAGAUACAGGUGACAUCUAAAUGGUAAUUUAGAAUUUUUAAUUUUGUUUUUUUAACUCAGUCCAUGGAUUUGAGACACUGCAAGAGACUAGUUUCACUUUAAAAGAAUGUUUCAGGGGAUAGUAAAUGCUAAAUAAAUAUAAAAUAAGUGUUUGUCAAAGUAAGGAAUGAGAGUCCCAAUCCUAAAGUGUAUCAUUAGGAAGGAGAGGUACCAGAAAAAGAUGUCACCAGAUGGGCACUGAUUUGCACUCUUGGUAGUAGCUUCAUAAUGUCUUUGCUGAAUCCUAACAGACAUGAGGUAUUUACAAAAUCCCAUUCAGUGCAAUUGAAUUCAAAGAACUGAUUCAAUUUAAACACCACUAGCACAGUUCUCUGUGUUGGAUAGGAUUAUUUUGGAGGAAGAGGUUUCAAAAGUACGGGGUGAAAUUUGAGCACUGAGGAUUGCUAUAAACAGAAACUUUCUUUACCUGUUUCAGUCCCGUUUGUCAUGCCUGUUGCUACUUUACUGAAUGUAAGUGAAAAGAAAACCCCAGCCAUAAUCUGUGCAAUGUUCUUUCUGUCCCACCUCCAUUUUUCUUCUGACAAGACCAAUGUUCUAUUUUGAGGCUGCAAUUUUCUGUUGUUUGCAGGAAACCACAGAGUGAGACACAGCGUUCUGAGAGUGGGCUCCAGGAAGUCUGCUGAAGAUUACCUUUUAACACUGUGUGAAGGAGGUUUUAGUGCCUUAAAGGAACAGCAGUGUUGCAGUGUCCCAUCAGCUCCUUGCCUGUCCCUGGUGAUCACAGAGCUCAGGAUUUGCUGCUGCACUUGCCAAGGUGGCCCUUGCAGCUUUAGUCCUGUUAAAGGAAGAAUCAGCUCCUUCAUUUUGAUUCAAGUCCUUCACGACGAGAGAUUCUUUGCAUCUCCCCACUUUUCCCUCAGCAAUUUCAGUUUCAGGAGAUGAGCUGAGCCUUGUUAAACCAAAGCACACAUCUUGAGCCAGGUUCUGAACUGUAGGCUGAGCUUGGGUGCUCUCACAAGGGGGCUCAGUUCAUUCAGUCCAGAGCUGGUUAAAGCUCCACUUGGGAGUUUGUUGUCUGUAAAACAUUUCCCUAAGUGCAAUCAUGGGUAGCUGUUGAAUUUGUCUUGAGGUAAUGACAGGUUUCAGAAAUAAAGGGAGGGAGAAAGCAAUUUAAAGCUAAUUAUAGAAGAAUUAAGGUGAAGUGUCAAUUACUGCAGUGAAAUUCUGAAUUUGAGCUAUUUUGUACACUGGAGGACAGAUUAAAAAACCACUUGAGGUAAACCAAUAUACAAACCCCUCCUAAGAAUGUCUAAAGUCCCUAAAUGCUUUUCUUCCACAAUAUCUUCAAGUGAGCUGCAGUAGCCUUCUGUAUUCCAGCUCUCAUCCUGCACUUUCUGCUUCUACUCGAGAUGUGCUUUUGGAUAUGACCACCACCACACGAGCCACAAAAUUCCAGACCCCUUGUAAAAAAAGUGGUGGUAUGAGACAAAAAAAACAAAAAAAAAACAACAAGCCAGAACUUCCACAGACUAUCUCUCCUCCAGCCUAUGCAAAUAACAAAUGUCAAACCUAAUUAUCAAUAUCACUGUGGCCUGAAAGUUGUGUGCACUUGAUCCUACUGCAUCCUAGAUAUGGACCAAACGGCCUUCAUUCAGUUAAAAAGGUAAAAUGUCACCAUCAGAAUUCAGCAUGGCCUAAUUACUAAACUUUAAAUAUUUGCUUCACCUGGUUCUGCUCCAGCUUCCACAGAAAUCCUGACUGAUACAUUGAUUUUGCAAGUGUGCACGUGCUGUUUCAUAUAUUAAUUCUCCGCACAAGAAGAUUUUACGAAGGGUAUGUUUAUUUGUAUUCUGGUUUUCCAUUUCACAACAAGAAGCACUUGAUCUUAAUGUGCUGUGACCUGGAAAUGACUGAAAAUGAGAAGAUAAUUGUUCAUAAAUUCAUCAGUCAAGAGGUUGCCUGAAUUUAUCAUUGAUACAUCCUGAGAUGUCAAGACAGGUCAGAAUUCUGGAAAUGUGUAAACAAUCAAACCCACACUUGAUUAUAAUUUUUGAUGGGUUGAUGUUAUUUGCUCAAUUUUCAUGAAGUCCCUAAGGGAGAGGAUCAAACUGACCUUUUUGGUUUCUUCCACAUUUCAGAAACCCUUCCUGAAUAGAUCUGAGGCCUUGGAUAGCUGCAAGGUCCUGUACCUACAAAGCGUUUACUGCAGUGUCAAAACGCCCAACAAUCAUUCCACCUGGUAUUCACUUGGAGCAGAAGGCAUCAGUAGGGAAUUUCUGUCACUAUGAAGAAAAUCAGGAAUUGACAGGAAACAGAGGUUUUGUAUAACCAGUCCUGAAACAGACUUCAGUGUCAUUGCAUAGAUCCCCAACUGCUUCAAUAUCUGAUGUUACCUUAAGUUA